AUGGAGCCCCAAAAUGGCAGCGCAGCCGGCCGGUCGGACACGUGCUUCGGGGCGUUCAAUGCCAGUGACGGCCAUGGCCAGGCACAGAACAGCAUCACCUCGCCCUGGUUCUCCACCGCCUUCGGCCUCAUCGGCCUCUGCUCCAACCUCUUCGCCCUCUGCGUCCUGCUCAGCUCCUCCCGCAAGCUGUCCAGCCGGGCCCGCUCCUCCUUCCUCGUCUUCCUCUGCGGGCUGGUAGUCACGGACUUCAUGGGGCUGCUGGUGACGGCCUCGGUCAUCAUCCCCUAUCACUUCAUCAAGUUCGCCUGGGCCGAGGUGGACUCCAGCUGCCACCUCUGCAACUUCCUUGGCUUCUCCAUGGUCUUUUUCGGGCAGUGUCCGCUGCUGCUGGGGGCCACCAUGGCUGGCGAGAGGUUCUUCGGCAUCAACCGCCCCUUCUCCCGCUCCACCAGCAUCUCCAAGCGCCGCGCCUGGUCCAUUGUGGGGCUGGUGUGGGGCUUUGCCUGCCUGCUGGGGCUGCUGCCGGUGCUGGGGCUGGGGCGGUACACGCUGCAGUACCCCGGCUCCUGGUGCUUCCUCACCCUCCUGCCCGACACUGGCAAUGUCGUCUUCUGCCUGCUCUUCGCCCUGCUGGGCAUCUUCUCCGUGCUGCUCUCCUUCGUCUUCAACACAGUCAGCGUUGUGACGCUCUGCCGUGUCUACCACGACCGGGAGUCGGUGCAGCGGCGCCGGGACAGCGAGGUGGAGAUGAUGGUGCAGCUCGUGGGCAUCAUGAUCAUUGCCACCAUCUGCUGGAUGCCCCUGCUGAUCUUCAUCGUCCAGACCGUCCUGCAGCAGCUGCCAGCCAGCGGCCAGAUCCAGAUGCUGCCCACGAACACGCAGAAGAUGCUGCUCAUCUACAUCCGCAUGGUCACCUGGAACCAGAUCCUGGACCCCUGGGUCUACAUCCUCUUCCGACGGGCCGUGCUGCAGCGCAUCUACCCCAGCCUGCGCCCCCGGCCCUCCAUCGUCUCCCUCUACCCCGUCCUCAACCCCUCCCUGCGCCGCAAGCUCACCGCCGACUCCGUUCUGCAGUAG